GGUGAUAUCAUUGGUGACAUUGAACAAUUUUCAUAAGGCAGCGAAAACAAAACAUCGUGGAAAGCGUGCAAGUGAAUAAUGACUAGGCACCUUAGGUACAAGUAGACACCUACAUAGAUAGAAUGCAUUACCUAUGGCAAGUACCUAAUGUAGUAUAACUUACAAGAGGCCCGCCUCCGUAGAUCCCCCACUAUUGACGUCUUAUGGCGUUUCGGGAUCUGGGCGGUCUCAACAAAUCUUGCAUACUCAAGAAAUCCUUGUCCUUGGACUUCUUCUCAACGCGCCGAUUUCCUACGUGCGUAUUAUUCUCAACGGGCCCGAUGCCUCAUAAAGCUCGUAUAGCCCAACAUAUUCUUUCAUCUACGAGACGAACUAUCUACUCGGGCAGCUUCCAACGUAUCCGCCAUUUUCCAAGGUACUCGACCGUAAGCACCGACGGUUGGCGCGCCAUGUCGCAGACUGAGAUGUCCAAGUACCUGAAGCAGACGCACGACCGUGUGUUCGAGCACAACCGUGCCUGGGCCGAGGAGCAGAGGAAGAGGGAUCCCGAGUUCUUCGAUAAGCUAUCCGCUGGGCAAACCCCGGAAUAUCUAUGGAUAGGAUGCAGCGAUUCGCGAAUUCCGGCUGAGCAGAUCACGGGCUUGGGACCGGGAGAGGCGUUCAUUCACCGCAACAUCGCCAACCUAGUCGUCAAUACCGACCUGAACGUCAUGAGCGUCAUCAACUACGCGGUCCGCCACCUGCAGGUCAAGCAUAUCGUAGUGUGUGGACAUUACGGCUGCGGCGGUGUUAAGGCCGCUAUGACGCCCAAGGACCUAGGGCUGCUUAACCCGUGGCUGAGGAACAUCCGGGACGUUUACCGCCUGCACGAGAAAGAGUUAGACGAUAUCAAGGAUGAGAAUGAGCGCUACAAUCGCCUAGUAGAGCUCAGCGUUGUCGAGCAGUGCCGCAAUGUCAUCAAGACGGCGGCUGUCCAGCAGUCAUAUGCCAAGAACCAAUUCCCUAUCGUCCACGGAUGGGUAUUCGGAUUUGAGGAUGGUUUGCUCAAGGAUCUAAAGGUGGAUCAUGAGGAGAUGUUGCGCGGUAUCCAGAAGAUUUACAACCUCACGGACUGAUUGGUCCUCCACGGGAAAAGGACGGGAUACGAUAUCAUCA